AUGAGUAAAGAAAAUAAAGAUACAAAGAAGCCGGAAGAUAUAGACUUUUCAACUAAGGCAUUGCACGGCUUAGAUAAAAAGGGUGACCAGAUCAAAAAAUAUGAAAAAGAACGAAAUGAUUUUCCAAAUUUAUCCCCCUUACCAACUGAUCCUCUAGAUCAACUACGAAAAAUAUGUGCACGGCAAAAUGAUAUAAUGACAAAUCCUUUAAAAGAAUCACAAGCAAAAGCAACUCUUAGCAAUUUAUCGAAAGGCCAAUCUGGAGGGUUGAUAGCGGAAAAAAAUAGUUCAAAGUUAAUAAAAAAAUUAGAAACAUUUCAAACGCCAAAAGACAAAACUAUACCAUUGAGACCUCCAUCUGCCAAAUUUUCCGGGUUAAAUUAUUCAUCAAAAUCAGUAUCUUCUAUCGAAUCGAACAUUGAAUACUUUGAAAAACUAGCUUCAAAAGUCAUUCCUAUUAAUGAAAAGAAAGAAAAACCCAUAUCAUUAUCAGCAGUACAGCCUAAACUUGAAAAGAGGAAAAUGUUUAGUCUUCCAAAUGCGCCAGAUGCUUCGAAUUUUUUUGUUAAUCCCGAUUAUUCUGUCGCAUUUUUUAAAAAGUUACCAUCUGAAGAUAAAAUAAAAACAACGAAGAAAUCAUUAUCACUUCCGAUUUCGUCUAAAAGUGAAACGGUUCAACAUUCUAUUUCUUCAAUAUCAUCGGCUGCUCCAGCAAUUAAUGAACUUAAAACAACUACCACUAUUUCACAACCUGACAAACAAACUGAUUCUUCAAAGGAUGAAACUAAAAUAUCAAAUAUAUUUAGCGUUAAUACUGUUUCUUCACCAAUCUCCUACACAUCAAGCAAUUUGAAUUCUCAAAAUUUCACUAAUCAAGAAGGUUUUGAUGAACAUAAAGGUCGGAGAAUUGCCAGGCUACGAAAAAAGUUUGAAACAAAACGUGCAGUAGUAAAUAUUGCUAGUAUGCUAAAUCUUCCAAAAAUAGGUAUCAAAGAUUUAUAUUACGAUACUCAACAACAUAUUGACAAAAAAAGUCAAGAUUUUUUUCAAAUCGGUCCUUUAUUCGCAAAAGUUGAAUGUAUGUAUCAUCCAUCAUUACCGAUUUUAAAAAAAGAUCCUCGAAUAAACGGAUCAUUUCUUACUUUUUCAAAUAUUGAACAUGCUAAAAAUCCUGAUGUGAAUAAUUGGUUUGAAGAUGCUCAAAAAAUUAUAUUAAAAUCUAAUCAAAAAAUUGUUAAAAAUAAUAUAGAUAGAAAAAAUGGUUUUGAAAAUUUUGGUUAUAAGGAUUGUUCCGAAAUUUGGGCUUCUGAUGUUAUAAUUUGUGAAAAUAAUGUUUUAUUAUGUAAAAAAGUUGGGUUUAUUAACGAUGAAUUUAAUUAUUCAAUUUCAAAAACAAGGAACAUCGGAAUCAUCGCUCAUAUAGAUGCUGGUAAGACAACUACUACUGAGCGUAUGCUAUAUUAUGCUGGGCAUACAAGAAGAAUUGGAGAUGUUGAUGAUGGAACUACUGUAAUGGAUUAUUUAAAACAAGAACGUGAAAGAGGCAUUACUAUAACUUCAGCAGCAAUAACAUUCGCAUGGCGCAAUUAUCGUAUAAAUUUAAUAGAUACUCCAGGUCAUGUAGAUUUUACUGUAGAAGUAGAACGUAGUAUACGCGUUCUUGAUGGUGCUGUAACAAUUUUGGAUGCUGUUUCUGGUGUUGAAGCACAAACUCAAACUGUUUGGGCACAAGCAAAUCGUUAUAAUGUUCCUAGGAUUGCUUAUGUUAAUAAAAUGGAUAGAGUUGGUGCUAGAUUUGGUAAAACUGUUAAAGAAAUGAAAUAUAAAUUGGGUUCAAUACCUUUGGUUUGUCAGAUUCCUGUUAUGCAAAAAGAUAAUCGGGGAAAUAUCUUAUUUUGUGGUAUUGUUGAUCUGUUAGAUAUGCAAGUAUUGGAUUGGAAUAAAGAUCCUAAAGGUUCUAUUAUAAAUAAAACGCCACUAACUGAUAAGUAUCCCAUUAUGGGUUUAUAUGAUGAAGCAAUAAAAUGUCGUUCAAGUUUAAUAGAAGCUUUAUCAGAAAUGGAUGAUAAUAUGUUAGAUUUAUUUUUAUCUGCAGAAGAUCAUAUGAAAAUUUCUGUAGAAGAUGCAAAGCAGGCAUUACGUAGAGUGACGUUGAGGGGAAAAGCUGUACCAGUUUUUUGUGGCGCAUCUUUUCGUAACAUUGGUGUACAGCCUUUAAUGGAUGCUGUAAUUGAUUAUCUUCCUUGUCCGUUGGAUCGUCCUGCUCCAAUUGCAAGUUUAUCCGAUGCUGAACCUGUUGAAAUUCUACCGAAAGAGAACGAAAAAUUAUGUGCACUUGCGUUUAAGGUUAUACAUGACAACAAACGCGGUCCGAUGGUUUUCGUAAGAGUAUAUUCAGGUAAAUUAGAUAGUCAUAUGACAUUAUAUAAUACAAAUACUCAACAUAAGGAACGCGUAAACAAGUUACUACAAAUGUAUGCAAGCGAUGUAGAAGAAAUUCCAUCAAUCACAGCGGGUAAUAUUGGUGUAAUAAUUGGUCUUAAGGAAACAAGAACAGGAGAUACAUUAAUUCAAUUUAAUGACACACGGAAAAGUCUUCGAUUACAAACCAUUGAUAUUCCUGCACCUGUAUUUUUUCGUGUAGUAGAGGCUGCUGGUAUUUCUGAAGAAAAACCUCUAGAAGAAGCUCUUAAAAAUAUAUUAAGAGAAGAUCCUUCUCUUCAUGUGCAUAUUGAUCAGGAUUCCGGGCAAACUUUGAUAAGUGGUAUGGGUGAACUUCAUUUAGAGAUUGUUAAAGACCGUUUGUUAAAUGAUUUUAAAGUUAAAGCAGAAUUAGGAAAAAUGCGAAUAUCAUAUAGGGAAACUGUUGUUACUGAUAAAAUAGAUCAUACAUAUCUAUAUGAACGCGAAGUUAUGGGGAAAAGGGUAAAGGCCCAAAUUUCUUUAACUAUUACUCCACUUUAUGAAAAUGAUCAAGGAUCAUUUAAAGAAGGUGGAAAUAGAAUUACUUUAAACCUUACAAAAAAAACAAUUUUGUCAGAUGAAUUAGAUCAAUCUAUAAAUAGCCAAGAAACAAAUGAAUUAAUAAAUCUAUCUUUUGAAGAAAUCUCUAAUGCUGUCUAUACUGGAAUAAUAUCUAGUUUAUAUCGAGGACCAAUACUUGGUUUCCCUAUAACGAAACUUUCGAUAAAUGUACAUUCAUUACGUUUAUUUGGUGCAGAAUCGACCAAAACUGCAAUUAGCACGUGUGCUUCACAAGCCUUGGCUGAUGCAUUAAAAGGUAGAAACCUUGUAUUACUUGAACCUUUAAUGAAUGUAAACAUUGAUGUACCAGAAGAACAUUUAGGUGUUGUCCUUGGAGAUUUGACAGGAACACGUCGUGGAAAUGUUUUGGGACUUGAAACAUCUGGAAACGUAUUCGAUAAUUUUGAUAAUAAUAUCGAAACAUAUAUUCCAUCGGACUCUACAUUCUUUUCGUCUAAUAAUAAUAAUGAUACAGUUGUUAACCCAAAGAGAGUAAUACAUGCGCACGUUCCAUUAUCUACAAUGUUGGGAUAUUCUUCUUCGUUAAGAUCGUUGACGGGUGGAACGGCGUCUUUUGAUAUGAGAUUAUCUUCUUUUGGAAUCAUGAGUGAUGAUCGAGCAAAAGCUGUUAUUCGUGAGAUGCAAGGUGGAUUCUGA